UGAAAUGCGAGUGGAAAGAAUGAGCAUGUGGGUAUGGAAGGCGCUUGUAGCUUUGCUCUUGGUCCAGAGGAUCACAGCCGUAUGCAAUGUGUGCCAAGAUGCCAGUCACAUUGCAUGUCACAGCGAAACCACAUUUUCCGUCUGCUAUGAUGGAGAGCCAUCUUAUGAUCUACUGAGCUGUCCUUCUGGUUAUUAUUGCACGGAUGACUUCUACACUUGUUAUGAAAAUGCAACACCCAUUUGCAACUCAGGAGAGGAUACGACCACCACCACAGCUGCUCCCUGGAAUGCCGAUGACGAGUGCCAGCAACAGAGUCAGACAACCUUUAUGGAAAACAAGGAUGAUCCCACUUGUACAACCUAUAUAAUAUGCCUUGUGCAAGAUGGAAGCAAGACUACCAACGUGCUCACCUGCAGAGCCAACACUUAUUAUAGUACGAGCUUGAAGGGAUGCACCUCCACUCUGCCAGAUGGGUGUGUGGAAACGACAACUACAACCAUCUCAACCACCAUCCCAACCACCAUUCCCACAACGACAACCACUGUGACCACCACCACGACCACGACAGCAAAGCCUUGGAGUGCUGAAGAAACGUGCAAGACAGUCACCAAGAUCACUUUAUUUGCCAACGAAGAUGAUCCCACAUGCACCUCUUACCUAUACUGCUAUGUUAACAAUGGAGUUACUACAGCUCUGAUUAAAAAUUGCCCAUCAGGCCUAUAUUUUAACAAAACUAGCUGCUCCGCGACGAAACCAGAUACCUGUACAUAAUAGAGUUUCAAUUUUUUCACUUUUUUAUAAAAUGAAAGCAAAUUAAUAAAAAUAUGAGAAGCAAAUAUAAUAAAUAAUAGUUUAUGGAGUUGUUGCUGAGUGUGGAGAUUUAAAGAGCCUAGGUAGUUUAGAUUUUAUUAAACACGCUUAAAAAUGAUAUACAAGUUUCUUUCUUUUAUGGCUGGGUCUUGAGUUA